CGUGGUUGCCCAGCACCACAAGGACCGAGCAGUCAGUCCUUGACCACGACUGUUGUGGCAGCAGCGGUGGCGGCAGGAGCGGUGCUGACAUUGGGACAGCGGUGUCAGGACAGUGGUGGCGGCAAGAGCUGCAGGACUGGCAGUGGGCAAGGCACCAUGGCCUUUGCUCUGCACCUCCUCCUCCUGCUCCUCCUGGCAGUGGCCCUGACUGACAGGGCUGCCCAGGCUGCUCCGUGGCGAGCACAGGGAGCAGGUGAGCCGGCGGCCUCGGUCCCCUUUCCAGAUUGGGAUCAUGACAUGAAGUAUCUGAAAGCCCUGGGACAUGACGGUUUGAGAUCCAUGGAGAAUGCUGGAGUCAAGCUUCUCGAUGAAGGUGAUCUGGCUUCCCAACCCACGUCCAGGACUGAGGCUCUGGAAGAUGGUGAGGGUGUGUCUGCAGGGAGGACUUUCCAGGCUCCUGGGCUGGAUGCUGCACGCAAGCCCAGCUCCCGUCGCAGGGAGAUGAACCGAAAGGCUGUGAUGAAGGCAGCGUUUUCCAGAGGAAGCAGUGGCCCAUGGGCAGCCUCUGCUGCAGGAAGGGAGGCCAUGCCAGGCACAGUCCCAGGAGAUUGGGAUCGUGACAUGGAGCAUCUGAAAGCCCUGGGACAUAAUGGUUUGAGAUCCAUGGAGAAUGCUGGAGGUCCUCCAAGAUGGAAGAACCAAGAUAUAGAAGACAAGAAAUCCCUAGAGGCAUCCCAACUUCUGGACAAGAUGCUGAGUGAUCUGGAGAGACACCGUGUGCUGGAGCAAGUGUCUGUGCAGAUGAUGGCAUAUGCUAGAGGACGCAAUGUCUCUGUGCCAGCUCCUGAUGCAGGAAAGGAAGAGAUGCGAGGCCCAGACACCGGAGAUGCUCUUGGCAAGUCCAAUAUAAAUGCUGAGAAUCCACCAAGCACACCAAGAGUGUUCUGCACGCAGGAUGUGCGCAAGUCCUGCAUGAUAGGCACUGUAGUGAUACUGUUCGCAGUGCCCCUUUCCAUCGUCCUGUGCUGUGUUGGAUUCCGGUGCUGGAAGGACCAGAAACUGAGUGCCUCUGCAGCUUCACAAGACUGGCGAAAGAUUCCAGUCUCUGAGAAGUUGCAUCUGUUAUCCUCGCUCUUCAUAUCUGUCCCCAUGUGCCAAGCUGCAUCUGCAUCCCCGUCUUGAGGGCAUCCCAAGACUCACACCUCCCAAGCGAGACCCUCUGCUCCUGAGCCCCCUGGCCCUGGUCCCUGGCCAGGACUGAAAUUGGGCAACCCCUGUCCACCAGAGCAGGGGUUGGCCCAAGAUUUUUGUUCAAAUAAAGAGAUGGAGCUGUCA